CCCCUCACACACACACACACACACACACACACACACACACACACACACUCACACACUUCGACACUGCAUGCUUCGACGGCUCAGACACGGCAGCGUUCUACUUCGAGCAGAAGUCUCAGGACUGAACUCACAAUGAAAUGCCAGCAGUUAGCGUUGUUGCUGCUCUGGGGGCUGAUCGCAUUUGUCAGCAUCUGCGAAUCACAGGAGAUAAAAGUGGAAGAUCUCUUUGAGAAAAUCAAGCUGUCAUGUGGCUCAGGAUACAAAAUGCAAAUGCCAAAUGGUACACCUGAUACUACCCUAACGGUGCCUAAACUUGACUCCAGCACAGGAGAGUACGCCUGUGUUAAAGACGGCGACAACGAACCUGCAUCAAAAAUCUUUGUGAAAUUUCGGAGCUGUGACAACUGCAUCGAGUUGAACAAGGGAGAGAUAUCAGGCGUGGUGGUGGCAGAAGUGGUGGCCACGGUGGUGAUAGGAGUGGCCGUCUAUCUCGUCGCGUCUCAAAUGCGGACCGGUUCAGCCCCCUCGAACAAGAAAACCUCUGACCGACAGCACCUGGUUUCUAAUGAAGUGAGAUCCACCAACGACCACUACCAGCCUCUGAGACGUAAAGACGGCAAUAAAGACACGUACGACGUGCUCAACAAGAAAUAGGACGGCUGGUCGCCUGCAGCCUCUCCAUCCCGACUCCCUGCUGAUGCUCGACCUGCUGCAGGAGGCAGAAGUCCUGUUGUCGCUUAUUCCUGACAUACUUUGCUCUGUAUGAUACUGCUUUAGAUACGGCUGAGAGACCGGCUCACCUGUUGCUGCGCAUCAUCCGUGCUUCUUCAGCUGUUACACCUUUGAUCCUGAUGUUUUUCUUUGUCAUUAGAACAACUGAUGCUGUCAUGUUGUAAUAAUCAAACCUGCAGAAUAAAUCUCGCCGUGCUGUCUUGUCACGCUGUUUCCGGUGAUAAAA